AUGCUGCAGGCUCCCAGACGGUCACCUGCUACACCAAGCCCGGAUGGAAAGCUGGCCGUCUUCACGCAGUCAACUUACUCUUUCGAAACUCACUCCAAAACAAACGAAAUCAGCGUUUUGGACAUCAUUAACGGACAGACAUUGACGAUCAGCAAGGACAGCAAGGCCAGUGAACCAAAGUGGCUUGGCGAUGGAUACGAGCUGGUAUGGCUCAAGGAGUGCGACAACGGCAAUACCUCGCUAGUCAUUUGCGAUGCCGGUCAACCUGGUAAGCCCUACACGGCAGGCACAGUUCCUGGUCCCGUAUCGAACCUGAAGUUGUGUGUCAUCAAGCCUGGAAUGGUUGCAGUUGCUGUCGCUGGUCAAGCCAACCCUGAUGGUAGUCUGCACAGUCCGAAGGAUGACCAAAAGUCUCACUCAUCUGCUCGUGUUUACGACUCCUUGUUUGUCCGUCACUGGGAUAAGUAUGUGACAGCACAACAGAACUCGAUUUUUACUGGACUGCUCCAGAAAUCGAUACCCAAAGUCACCUCCCGGACUGGCCGUUAUAACCUUUUAGGCUUCCAAAAUGCACUUGUCGGCACCAAAUUGGAGAGUCCAGUCCCUCCUUUCGGGGGCACGGAUCACUUCGACAUUGGCAGAAAGGGGCUUACUUUCGUUGCGAAAGAUCCUGAUGUCGAUCCUGCCACCCACACCAAAUGCAAUCUGUAUUUUAUUCCAAAAGAAGACUUGAUGGACAUGAGCAACCCCGAGCCCAUCCGCUUUGAUGUGCCAGGGCUGGAAGGGGCUGCCUCUUCACCAGUGUUCUCCCCAGAUGGCUCGAACAUUGCCUUUCUGAAGAUGAAGACGGAUGGCUACGAAAGUGAUCGAAACCGCAUCGUGCUGGUUCAUGACUUUGCAAAUGCUGACUUCAGAUGCUCUGAAGCAAUGGCUCCAAGUGAUCCCGAAAAAGCUUGGGACCGAUCGCCCAGCGCUGUCAUGUGGACUGUAGAUGGCAAGUCGUUGCUUUUGCAAGCCGAGGACACAGGCGCAGGCUGCCUGUUCAAGCUGGACCUAACGAAUCCACCUCUGCCCGGCUGGAAGCCGACGCAAUUGACUUUUGGUGGUUACAUUACUGACGUCGCUCCAGCUUCGGACAGUAGCCCCUUGCUGUUUGUCUCUGGAAACACUCUCGUGGACAAUAGCGUAUACACCAUCGUCGACCCCACCAGCCCCGAGAAGGCUCAGGUCGUGUCGUCUUUAAUGGAAGGCGGCUCCAUGUUUGGACUUUCGCCCUCACAAGUCUCAAGCCUGUGGUGGAAAGGUGCCAAUGAUCAUCCAGUACAUGCUCUGAUGAUGCGCCCUUCUUUCUUCAAAGCCGGCGAAAAGUAUCCUCUGGCUUACCUCAUACACGGUGGCCCACAAGGAGCCUGGAACGAUCAGUGGAGCACGAGAUGGAACCCCGCUGUCUUCGCAGAACAAGGCUAUAUCGUUGUUUGCCCGAAUCCCACUGGUUCCACGGGCUACGGACAGUCCUUCACUGAUGCAAUUCGGAACCAAUGGGGCGGCUUACCAUAUGAAGACCUGGUGAGAGGUUUCGAGUACAUCGAAUCUGAUCUCAACUUCGUUGACACCUCUCGAGCGGUUGCCCUUGGUGCGUCAUAUGGAGGAUAUAUGAUGAAUUGGAUCCAGGGGCACGACCUUGCCAAGAAAUUCAAGGCGCUUGUGUGUCACGACGGUGUCUUUAGCAUGACGGCUCAACUGGCUUCUGACGAACAGUACUUCCCUAUCCAUGACCUCGGUGGGCCGAUUUGGAAGCGGCAGGAGAUGUAUGACAAGUGGGAUCCCAGCCGCCAUACCGGAAACUGGGAUACGCCUAUGCUUGUGAUUCACAAUGAACUCGACUAUCGCUUGACCAUUGCUGAGGGCCUUGCAGCCUUCAAUGUGCUGCAGAUAAGGGGUGUCGAGUCAAGGUUCUUGUCAUUCCCAGAUGAGAACCACUGGGUCCUGAAGCACGAAAAUUCGAGAGUCUGGCAUCAUCAGGUCCUCAAUUGGAUCAACAAGUUUGUUGGCCUCCCAAAGUUGCUAGACAAGGAUGGCAAGGAUGGCAGUGAGUAUUGUCGCCAGUCCCGCAGAUUCGGCUCAGCCAACGUACCCGCCUUGAACCUCGACUGA